AUGAAUUCAAAAUUUCACUUUACUCUCUUAAUGAUAGCAAUAUUAUCAGGCAAUUUUGGUUUUGAUUAUUCCUUACCAUGCUUAUCAAUGUCAUUUUCUUCAGUAUCAUAUUUCAUUUUUUUAUAAUAAAUAGUGAAUUUAUGGGAUCAGAAACUUAAGAAUAAUUAUUACAAUGUUGUCUUUAUGUUGUUCUGUUGUUGCAAUUUUGACUAAAUGAUUAUUGAAAUAUACAAUCAGAAAUUAAUGAUUAAUUAUUGA